AUGCUUCUCAUACCAAUCGCCUUGCACCUUCAAUGGACGUAUAUUAUCUCGCUAUUUAUUGAUGAUCCACCUCCAAGUCCUUUCGCCCCCAUGCUUUUUAUAUCCCAUCCUACUCCGUCCCCGACCGAUGACCCCAACGAUCCACACUAUCGGAAAGGAUAUCUCGACAUCGUCUUCGUCGCCUACUAUGUCAUCUUCUUUUCCUUUCUUCGACAGAGCGUUAUUUUGUAUCUCUGUCGUCCUUUCGCCCAACAUUUCGGUAUCCACAAGGAAGCAAAGCUCGCUCGGUUCGGCGAACAAGGAUAUGCUGUCUUCUGUGCCAUCAUUGCUAGUUUGUGGGGUAUGCAUGUCAUGUCGCAGCUGCCAACUUGGUGGUACCGUACGGAUGCUUUCUGGACUGAUUACCCCCAUUGGCAGAUGAAGGCUGACCUGAAACGCUAUUACCUCGUGCAGGCUGCGUUCUGGUGUCAACAAUUCGUCGUGCUCGUUUUGGGUCUUGAGAAACCGAGGAAGGACUAUUAUGAGUUUGUCGUUCAUCAUUUCGUUACACUCUGGCUUAUUGGUUGGAGCUACAUUUUCAAUCUCACCUACAUCGGUAACGCCGUCUACUUAUCCAUGGACAUCCCAGAAAUCGGCCUCGCCUUCUGCUCGAUCCUCAACUAUCUCCAACUCGAGCGCACCAAAGUCUCGUGCUUCGUGGUCUUCAUCGGUAUCUGGGCCUACUUCCGCCACUAUUUGAACAUCGCCAUACUUUGGUCUAUCUACUCCGAGUUCAAUCUCAUUCCGGAGGCGAGCAAGCGUUGGGCACCCGAAGACGGGGUGUGGAUGGUCUGGUGGAUGAAGUGGCAGAUAUUCACGCCUCUAUUUCUUCUGCACUCUCUCAACAUCUUUUGGUUCUACCUCAUCCUUCGGGUUCUCUAUCGUGCUCUCACCAAGGUCAAAAUCACCGACAUCCGAUCAGACGAUGAAGAUGAAGGUGACAACAAUGGCGACGAGAACGAGAAAGAGGAUUAG